AAUGGGCUGCUCAUUACAUUAAUUAUAAAGCAUUGAAAAAAAUCAUAAAUAGCUUACCGAGUGCUUACAAAAAUAACGAACGAUCCUUACCACCAACUCCUGCAAUCACUAUUACCCUUGGCACUCGAUCAUAUGUAAAUAAUGAUCCUCAAGCUGCUGACCAUUUACAACAGCAAAAGACUGCUUUCUUUUUUAAACUUGAACGUGAAUUAGAAAAGGUCAACUCUUUCUACGUGCAAAAAGAAAAAGAGUUCAAUGUUAGAUUACGAACCUUACUCGAUAAAAAAAGAAUUUUAUUAGGUGGUGAAAGAAAAUUAUCAUCUAAUUCUACAUCCUUAUUAACUUUGACAGAAGCAUUUCAACAAUUUCAACAAGAUUUAAACAAGUUACAGCAAUUUGUAGAGAUAAACGCUACAGGUUUCAGAAAAAUUUUAAAAAAAUGGGAUAAACGAUCUAAAUCUAGCACAAAAGAACUUUAUCUUUCGCGUCAGGUUGAAAUUCAACCAUGUUUCAAUAGAGAAUUUAUGUUUUACAUGGUAGACAACGUUGAUAAUAUUUUACUGGAGCUCCAAAAUCACUCCCAAGGUUUAACCACUACUCCAUCAUCUCGUUCGACUUCUCCAGGCCGUCGAUUAUCUGUUGGAGAAUCGACUGUUGAACCUGAUGUCAUGGAUGAUCUUGAAACAGAGCUUUUUAUGGCAAUAAUAAAAGAUGCUACAUCAACUGUACAGGAAAUUUUAGGAAGAAUUCUACAUCAUCAAAUUGAAGAGGACAAAGAUAUUUUGUCACGAGUAUUUUGGCGUGUGUGUUCGGAAAAGAAUUCUUCAAUUGAUUCCAUACAAUGUUUGGUAAAUACUAAUAUGGUUAAUUUCAAGUAUUUUGACGAUAUUAGUGACCGAACUUGUUUACACGAAGCAGCAAUUGUUGGGAGAUUACCGCUUAUUACACUUUGUGUUGAUAAAGGUGCUAAAGUAGAUUGCUCUGAUGUCUACGGUCGUAGGCCUUUACAUUAUGUUUGUAUGUACGGACAUAGUGAUGCUGCUACAUAUCUUUUGUCACAGAAAGCUGAUUGUGAAAGUUUGGAUCAUGAUGUAUUUAGUCCCUUAAUUUACGCUGUCACAAAUGGUCAUACAAAAUGUGUAGAAAUUUUACUUAAAGCGGGUGCUCGAAUAGAACCACAAGGAGAAGAUGGCCAUAGUCAUAUACCCUUGUCUUUGGCAUGUGAAUAUGGUCAUGAAGACAUUGCCAUGUUAUUACUAGAAAAAGGCGCACAGAUUAGAUUAGAUGCGGAGGGUCUUUCCCCUUUACAUUUAACAUCCCGUGAAGGACAUCAUAAAUUGUUAAAAAUUUUGACGGAACAGGGAGGCGCUCUAUUAAACACACCGGAUAAAUAUAAAGGAUGGACACCUAUCUUCUAUGCUGCAAGUGAAGGAAACAUAGAAUGCGUCAAUAUCUUAAUUCAAGCAAAUUGUCAAGUAGAUAUAACAGACGAAUCAGGUCAUUCACCCAUAUACUAUGCGGCAUGGGAAGGCCAUAUAGAAUGCAUUAAUAAAUUACGUGAAGCCGGUGGACGUGUUGAAAUAAAAGAUGAACCAUCAAAUUUGAUAAUCACAAAUGGACAUGCCUCCCACACAGGAAUAAUUCCUCAUAACAUAAUAUUACCAUUGGGAGAUGAUAAAGAAGUUUUUUCAUUUCAAACAGAUACCCUUAAUAAAUUUUCAUUAGAAUUUGAUAUCUUUCCUACUUUUGGAUCCAAAGUUAUUGGUAAAGGAGUUGCAUUACCACACGUAUUUAAUUUUACCAGUAGUCGAGAAAGAAGAAAUCAUUUGGUUAUCGAAGGGACGGGUGGAAAAUGUAUUUGUCCUUUAUUCGACACACAUCUCAAAGUUGUUGGAGAAUUAUCAUUUGAAUUCGCAGUUGUGAAACCAUUUCAAGGUGUACAACUUGAAAUUGGAGGGCAAGUAGAAACAUAUUGGAAAUCUACCAAUACAGUAUCACUCCCCGGAUCCGUUAGUGAUCAACCCUCGAUAAAUACUGGAAGUAUUAAUAAUAGAAAUAUAUCAUCAUUCAUAACUGGAUCAUCACUAUCUGGUGAAUAUAUCCAGGUCGUAGUACAAGUGACCAGAGAUAUGGUUGCCGUUGUAUAUCCAGAAUGGAUGUUGUCAAUAGAUGAAUUUGAUCUGAGCGUAUCUGAUGUUACAGUUAAACAAUUUAAGUCGUUAAAUCGUAGAUCACAAGGGGAACUUGAUUUUAAUAAUGCAGCCAACCCUGGAGAAUUACAAAAAAUAAUUCACCAAGCACAUCUUUCGUUAGAAGAAGUCUUGAAGAAAUUGCCACCAUCUAUUGGAGUCAAUCUUGAGAUAAAAUAUCCCACCGUGUUUGAAAUGUCACGAUAUCGGUUCCCUGAUAUUCCCGAUAUCAAUACUUACGUAGAUACAAUUCUUCAAACUGUAUACGAUUCUGCGCAAAGUCACAUGACCAAUAACGGAAGUGGUAAACCACCUUCUAAUCGACCCGUGAUGUUUUCAUCAUUUAAUCCAGCAAUUUGUACUGCACUGAAUUGGAAACAGCCAAACU